ACUCUUAAUGAUCUGGAGGAAAAUGCAUAAAAAAUGCAGGGAAAACCAAGGGUUAUUUUAUGAGGGUAAAACUGAUGCUUCUGCUAGAGAUCAUGCAUGCAGUGCAGCUAAAGCUGCAGUGAAAGGAGACUUAUUGAAGUGUGUUUCUUGCUUUAGUAAUCACAUUUAUUCAGACUGUUUGAGAUAUUUGUCUGUGAUGCAGCACUCUGUUUUACUGUAUAAUAUCGACGUUUUCUAUAGCCGUGCCAUCAUCCUGAUAGUAUUAAGAGGUGGAUAGACUCAGGUAGGACACCAAUAAAGGCCUAGAUGUGAAAUGCCUGGCCUACCACUGAUUUAAUAUAUAGUUAAUCGGCAAUUCUGAGUAAUAUGCUAUAUGAGCAAUGAUUAAUACACCACGAGUUCAAGGGAUUUUGCUUACCUUUGUUAAAAUACUCAAUCACAGCUUUAUAACAAGUACAUAAUAAUGCACUUACAACAUUCACUCAAAGUACAAUAAAUGAUGCACACAGUGUGUUCCCUUAUUAGAUUCUACAUCUAUUGCAAGCACACCAGGUUUAAUUAAUGGAGAUGAAGAAUUUAAGAACUAUUCAGCCUUUCUCAAUCAUGGUGCAACAUUAGACCCACACCAUUAGACCUCAGACACAUAACCAAAUGAAGACUGGAAUGUGCCCAAAUGAGUUGGAAAAAGCCUCUGAAUUGAACUUAGUACAGGUUUAAUAUCAUGCAGGGCUGAAUAUCCUGGUUCACAUGCUUGUAGAUCCCCCAUGAGUACAGUUUAAUGUAUCAGUGUCUGGACUUGAAGAGUUUGAUGUUCUCAAUCCUGGUUUAACAGGGAUAUUUCCUGCAUGCUGAGUUAGAGCUGGUGUGUUAAAGCAGGUAAAACAUUGGAAAUGUGCAGAAUGGAAGGUUCUCCAGAGCUUGGGUUGAGAACCCAUUCAGUUGUUUGUGCGCAAGGUUUCUAAGUAUUCCACAAGCCCUCUGGUAUACCCAUCUGGAGCGCAGCUGGGCACCUCUGGUUCAGUGAUGUGUCACUGAGGUCAGUAGGAAUGAGAAGCAAGGCGUGUGAUAUAGGAGAGGGAACAGCUCGCGCUUACAGGUUGCUGCGUGCACGAGGCACACGCGCGGCGUCGCAUCCACGUCACCCUCCGUCGUCAUCCUCGUGUCGGCGCGAGCGAACCUCGCAGAGCCUGGCACAGAGCGCGUGCUCGACGCGUCGGAGUGCGAUGGCUCGGAGCUCGCAGGCGCGCGCCAGCCUGAUGCGUGGACCCGGGAAACAGCCGAAAUCAGAGUAGAGCAGAGGAGCACGAGCACGAGCAGGAAUGAACACGCAUGCACUCUUCUGCCUCAGCAGCACUGUGGACUGGUAAAUGUUCUCAGGCCAACCUUUCACCACCAUGCUCUAUUUUCAGCUGGUGAUCAUGGCGGGGACGGUCAUGCUGGCCUACUACUUCGAGUACACGGACACGUUCAACGUGCACGUGCAGGGCUUCUUCUGCUACGACAACGCGUACACGAAGCCGUACCUGGGACCGGAGGAGGCGAGCGCCAUCCCGCCCGCGCUGCUCUACGCCGUGGUGACCGGUGUGCCCACACUCGUGAUAACAGUAACAGAAGCUGUGCUGUUCCUGAUGCAAUAUACAUCAAAAGAUCCAGAUAGUCGAAAGAAGACCAUUGCGACUGGAGACUGUUGUUACCUCAACCCUCUAGUGCGCAGGACUUGCCGCUUUUUGGGUGUAUACAUGUUUGGCCUCUUCACCACUGACAUCUUUGUGAACGCGGGUCAGGUGGUGACGGGGAAUCUGGCCCCUCACUUCCUGACUGUGUGCAAACCCAACUACACAGCACUCGGCUGCCAGCAGGCCCUACGCUACAUCAGCCACCAAGAGGCCUGCACCGGUAAUGGGGAGGACAUCUUGCGUGCCCGCAAAACCUUUCCCUCCAAAGAGGCAGCGCUCAGCGUAUAUGCUGCCCUCUAUUUAGCCAUGUACAUCACUUGUUCGGUGAAAGCCAAAGGGACGAGGUUAGCCAAGCCGGUCAUGUCUCUGGGGUUGAUGUGCUUGGCCUUCCUGACUGGUAUUAACAGGGUGGCAGAGUAUCGAAACCACUGGUCUGACGUAAUUGCUGGCUUUAUCAUCGGAGUUGCCAUUGCCACCUUUCUGGUUGUGUGUGUGAUCCAUAAUUUCAAAGGAAGCCAGAUGUUAAGUGAAGACCCCCAGCAGGAGGAAAUGAUGGGCUCGCCCAGGGUGGAGAGUCCCCUGGAAAAAUAUAUCGCCUCCCAGAUGGCUGAACUAAGAGAGGAAGAAGAGGCAUUGACACCCCGCUCUCUGAAAUCGCGCCUCCUGAGCUUCUUUGACUGGAUCGCAGGCAAAAGAAGCCGAUUUGACCAUCUGCAGAGCACAAGGCAAUAAUAAACAAUCACAUCGCCUUCGAUGAAGUCACAUGACCUUGAGUCAGCCGUGUGGCAAACGCAUUGGACAUCCACACUCUUUACCGUGCAGUCAUCAUAGUCAUGGUGCAACACUACCCGCGUCAGUCAUUUCCUCUAUGGUGGCAUUUUGGAUCACAAUCUACUCCCGCACCUGCCCCCUCAGCAUAUCUGUGUACUGCUAUUUGCACAAGGUACCCCUCACGACCACACCCAUUGCCCCUCUGGUUCGUGUUUUUUGAUCGUGAACCAUGACAACUGGAACUGAAAUCAACCCAGGAUUCACUGUGUGUAGCUGGAGGGACAGCGUCUGUGUGAGACAAACUAUUCACCACUUAUGUCAUAUAGACUUAUUGCUAACGAUGUGUAUUUUCUUCUUGUUUUCACACUGUAUCAUAUGUAUAAGACAUUGUGGUAUGAUUUUUGUCAAUACAAAUGUGACCUAAUAUUUCAUUAGUUUGCUCAACAGUUACCCACGCCCAAACACGGGUCAUCAGUUUUAUACCAGUCUGUGUAAGAAGUGCACUUUAAUCAGUAAAUUCAAGGAAUCUCAAGACAUGGCACCAAGAACUUAUGAGCCACUGAUUCUGCAGAUUUAGUGGCAACUGAAGCCUUAUAGACCGUCCUAACGCAUCAUCCUGUCCCUCAUUCAGCUGUAUAAAGAAUGGAUCAGUUGUGUAGACAAUCACCACUGCUCUUUUAGAGGCAUUCCUGGGAAUAAUUACUAAGUUAAAGUUUUGCAUAAAUGCAGACGCAGGAGCAGAGCUUCCAUUAUUGUUCAUAUUAGAUAUCAGAAUGGAGGAAAAUUCGAUCCCUGGCUCCGGAUGUUGGCCUCAGAUGCGCUGGUUUUAAAUAUUUCAGAACCUGCUGAUUAAUGUUUAGACACCAGAAUGGGGAGAAAUAUGAGCUGGGAUGCUGAUCAUGGAUUUUUUCAUCCACAGGACUUUUAACAGUCUCUAGAGGUGACACAAAAUGGCACAUUUUAGGGGCCUUGUUGAUGAGAGAGUUCAGAGGAAAAUGGACAGAAAGGCUUGUGUUAACUGAAACGACCACCCUUUCAAAACACGGUGAGCAGAAAAGCAUUUCAGAAACUCUUAUCCUCUCAAGUUAUACUGGAUUGUUUUUUUUUAUUUUUUAUUUUUUGCACCAUACUGUAUAGACUCUUAUGUGUGAAAAUGACAGGGUCAAAACCACAGAUCAUGUUUUCCCCAAUUCUGAUGCCUGAUGUGAACAUGAACUAAAGCGCUUGACCUGUGUGUGCUGCCACAUGAUUGGCAGACUGGAUCAUUUUGAGUUGUUCCUGUGAAAGUGACAGAAGAUCGUAUACUUAUAACAACACUUGAACCAGUCAUUUAGAUAAUAGCGUUAUUUUGAAAGAUAAUUCUGUUCCUAAAACCUGUGCUAUUUUUAUGUAAACUAUUAUUGUUUUAUGAAUUGGCAAUGUGAUGGUUCUGUUAUGUCUGGAAAGAUGCCAUAGAUGACACCUGUAACAUGAGAUCGAACCGACAUACCUCAGCUACAAUCAAUUCAAUUGCUAAUCAAUCUUAAUCUCGAAUACAGGGUGAGGAAGCAGAUUUCUUCGUAGUCGAAUAUUCGAGUCCCCACUGCAGUGCUCACUCAAAGAUUAGCAGCCAGUCCAAGGUGCUACCGGAUGAUCAAUUUCUGCACUUAAAAAUGCUCCGCCAUUUUGCAGUCGCCCCUGCUUGCUUAUGUGACCAGAUCAUAGACGAGCAAUAACAUUUAAAAGCUUUACCAUUGGCAUGGACCCAUUUGGCCAGAUAUGGUCUAUUUUUGUAUCAGAGUUCCAGCACUUUAAUCUACUCAAAUGUCACCCGCAAUCUAAAAGAAGAUCCUUUAAAAUACCCAUUACACUACUACUCGCAUAAGCACUUCUAAUGGUAAUCAGGAUCUAUUAAUGUAUGUGGACUAAAGUGACUGCAGUGCUUGUAAACAGUAUUAUGGUAUAAAUAAUGAAUAAAUAUGACGGAGUGCAAAUGCAGAGCGCAAGAUUGAAAAACAGAAGAGUUUGUCAGAUUUUCUUAGUUUAUUUUCUCAAGUUUGUACAGUAUAUAUUAUGUGUCUUGUAACAUAACAAAACAUAUCUAUUGUACCAUGUGUGCUUCAGCUUCAAUUUCAAAUGAAAAAGAAAAAAAAAACAGUGAGAGAAUUUGUGGUAUAACUUGUUGAAUUACUGCUCCAAUGGCUGGAAUCGAUUUCUCAUUUAAAAUACUGAUUUGUUUAUAACAUUUCUAUUUUACAUAUUAUGUUCACAACUCCUAUUUUCUAUUUCUUUUAGAGUUUGUACAGUAGCUUUUGGUUGUAAAAGUGCAUUCUUACAACCUCCUGAACUUUUUUUAACGACUUAUUUCUAUAUCGCCGUGCACCUGUGACAUUCCUACACGUGUAGCUGUUGUUUUUUUUGUAUGAAUGUUGCAGGUCGGCAUCUUCAGAAUUUUAAUUAGUUUCAGCUCACAGCUUCAUUACAAAUAAUGCGCCUCAUCAAUUCAUGACCUUUUACACUGUAGAGAAAACGUCUUUGAAUAAAAUAUAUUCUGACCUUG